AUGGUGACUGGGGCCGUCAGCUGCCGGGAGCUCCCGUUCUACACCGACCACACCCACAUUGGCCACCUCCCAAAGGAGCUGAGGAACCCAGCCAGCAGUGUGGCAAGGUACAAAGACUACCGGGAGCCACCCUGGUCGCAGAACAAGUAUGACAUUUCCAAGGACUUCUGGGCUGUCCUGGCCGCCCGACUGGCAUUUGUCAUCGUCUUCCAGAACCUGGUGAUGUUCAUGAGCGACUUCGUGGACUGGGUCAUCCCGGACAUCCCCAAGGACAUCAGCCAGCAGAUCCACAAGGAGAAGGUGCUCAUGGUGGAGCUAUUCAUGCGUGAGGAGCAGGGCAAGCAGCAGCUGCUGGACACGUGGAUGGAGAAGGAGUGUCAGAGCAGCGAGCUCUGCAACAACCACAACACCAAGGCCCGCCCAGAGGCCAGCGACGGCCACCCGGCCCCCGUCUACGAGUACCACGGGGGGGCGCUGUAGCUGCGGGGAGGGCUUGCUGACCACCGAUGGCACCCUCUCUGGGGCAGGUGCUUCUCGCCCCGCAGGACCCAGUGGAUCCUGUGUUUUCUGCAAAC